AUGUCUGGGAAGUUGCUUACGGGCAGGGUGCGAAUUACAGUGACCAUCGGGGGGGUCAGAAGAUUUGUGUCAAGGUCUGUGUCCAGCCACAGGACCCACCACAGAAGUAGGUCCCAUUCAUAUAGCCGGUCCAGAAGCUACACCUACUCUUCCAGGAGCUACAGUAGAAGUAGAAGCAGGAGUAGAUACAGCAGAGGACACUCCCGUUCCCGAAGUAGCACCUACCGAAGUUACCGUAGCCACACAGACCGUAGAAGUCGUUCUAGAAGUCGGUACAGAGGUCACCACAGAUCAAGGUCUGACUCUUACGAUAGUUCUUCUAGCCGUAGCAGGAGAAGAGGGCAUCGAAGAAGUGAGAGCUCUGACCGCAUGUCCAGGUCAUAUCGCUCCUACAGUCGCAGUUCCUCUAGGAGGCGAAGUCAUAGCCGAAGCAGUCGAUACAGCUGAGCUGAUUUUAAGAUGUAGCAUUAAGUCUCCUCCUCCUCCAUAUGGUUUUCUAAACGAAUGGCUCCGUUUAAGUUUGGUGAAGUAUGUACUUUGAUGUACACUGUAUAAUCAUUUAAUGUGUAAUUCACACACAUUCUGCUGUAUUUUUUCCAAAUGUGUCUAUGUAUGAAUGUACAUUUGAAACAAAAUUAGUCACUUCUUUAUUCUAGUACACUUUUUUUUUUAGUAUCCC